UCUUGUGAUCGUGUUUUUAAAAGGGCAUCUGCACCUGUCAAUCUCGGCAACCGAUACUGCUAAACGGAACAGAGUACCAAACUGCUUGACACAUGGUCACCGGAAUUGUACUGGGAGUAUUCUGAAGUUCAUUAAAUGUUCACUUAGGGUUUUUUUUUAUUAUUAUUAUUAAGCACUUAUAACCCUGUAACAGUAGCAGGCUCCAUACCAGUUACUUGUGGAGACUUUACCGGUGUUACACAACACCUGUUUGAAUGUUAGAGGACGGUAAAUAAUGUCGCGCCGGGAUACAUUCGUUUUCACCUCCACCACGCUGCGGGCCCUGCGCCAUCAGCAGGACAUGUUGGACUGGGAGACCGAGCGGCGGGCCCUGGCAAGGCGGAGGCUCCUUCUCCCCAAAGCCAGGAAGAUGAUCACCCCCCGACCGCAACCAGCCGGGGAGUCCAAAUACUGCCGCGACGCUGUCAUCCACAACGCUCUUUUCACUGGGGACCUCGACAAAAUCAAAUGCAUCUUUAAUGACGAGUCCACGUCAAACAUGAUCAUAGAAACGCUCAACGAUGAACUUGUCUGGUCACCAGAGAUGGGGCUUUGGGCCUUGACCCCCAAGCCGAAGUACACGUCUGCGUUACGCAUCACUGCAGGCAGGGGCUACACUGCCUGUGCCAAGCUGCUUCUGCACAAGGGGGCUAAUGUGAAUGCCAGCCCUGGGGGGCUCAGCGCCCUUCAUGAUGCCUGUGCCGGUGGCUUCACCGACUGCGCCCAGCUGCUCCUCAGCUACGGAGCCAACCCAAACAUCCUCUCCGAAGAGGGAAGCGCUCCCAUACACCUCUGCACCACCCCCAAGACCUUCCAGUGCGCCAAACUGCUCUUGGAGUUCGGUGCUAACGUUAACAUCCUGACCAGAGACAGCCAGAUGAGCCCUCUGCAUGUGGCAGCGCAGCACGGCCUGGAGGAGCACCUCACCCUGUACCUGUGCAGAGGAGCCCACGUGUGCAGCCGCAACCGUGAGGGAGAGACAGCCCUUAACGCAGCCUGCGCCAGCGCUGAGAAACCCGCGGAGGGCGGGCGGUACUACCGCGUGGUGCAGAAGCUGCUCUCCGGCGGGGCGGACGUGAGGGUGGCAGGCAGGAAGAACCACACCCCGCUGCACAAUGCCUGCGCCAACUGCAGCUACCGCAUUGUGGAUCUGCUGCUCCAGCACGGGGCUGCGGUCAACCAGCAAAACUGCGCCGGAUACACGCCGAUGGACUGCGUCUUACAGGGGGUGGAAGACUACUUGGAUUGGCAACCAGAGGGCAUUGUGCUGUCCUUGCUCAAUCACGGCGCUUCACCCAUCAAUCCCAAGAUGCUCAAACUGUGCUCACUAUCCCCCAGAACCAUGGAAGUGAUCCUGAACUCGUAUGAGCACAUCCCACUGUGUGACUCCUGGGUGGAGUCUGUCCCCCCUGAGCUAUGGCAGGAGCACCACACAUUCUACAGCUCUGUGGUGCAGAUGACCAACCAGCCUCGAUCACUGCAGCACCUGGCGCGCUGUGCCGUGCGCGGGUAUCUUGACGGGCACUGCCACUCCGCCAUCACCCAGCUGCAGAUUCCUCAUUCCCUCCAGGAGUACCUGCUGCUCAGGAUCGAGGGCUCCAUCAAAUAAUGCACAGGGAUCACCUUUCAAUACAGCAAAAAUAUUCAUUAA